AUGUUUCCACUUUUAAACGACGCUGCUAUCGAAGAGAUGCUUUAUGACUCUGGGGACGAGGGCGAUGACAACGACGAAAUCGAUACGGACUACUUUAUUGAAGAAAACCCCGAACAUUCAAGUUCCUCUUCUUCUGAUGAAGGCGAAGAAAAUGAUGACGAUAACAUACCUUUGAGUAUGCUAGCAGGAUGGCAGAAGAAGCCCUUCAAUGGCAAACCUCUUCCAGAAGAUGCUGUUCGUGACCCAGGAGAUAUUAAAACCCCAUACGAAUAUUUCGAGCGCUAUUUUACUGACGAGAUCAUGGAACAGAUGGCUUUGACCACAAAUCAAUAUUAUAUGGCCAAUACUGGUAUACAAAUGAAACCUAUUUGUUCUUUACUAGAUAUAAAGAAGUUUUUCGGAAUACAUGCCAUUGUUGGGUGUAUAAAAUUUCCAAGACUGAAGAUGAUUUGGAACGAAAAAUACAGGUACGAACCGAUUGCAAAUGCAAUGUCUAGGGAACGGUUUUUCCUUUUAAGGACAAACUUGCAUUAUGUAGACGUGACAGCGGUGAAUCAGACUGAGGAACAAACCAAAAAUAGAUUAUGGAGGGUGCAGCCUGUCAUUGAUGCCGUCCGAAAAAGGUGCCUGCAGUUGCCAAGAGAUGCUGGUAACUAUUCAAUCGAUGAACAAAUGAUACCUUUUGAAGGUCGAUGCAAUUUGAAAGUAGUCGUAAAAAACAAACCUCGUCCAGCAGGAUUGAAGAAUUUCGUUUUAACUACCUCCAAGGGACAAGUUCUAGAUUUCGAAAUUUAUCAAGGCUCUAGUACAAACUUACCCGAUUCGGAGCAUUUCGGAGUUGGUGCUGCUGUUGUAUUACGCUUGGCCAAUACACUCCCAGAAGGCAGUUUUAUUUAUUUCGAUAGGUAUUUUUCCUCACUGCCGUUGAUGAAAGAGUCAGUUAAAAGAAAAAUAGAAGGAACAGGAACUUUGAUGGCCAACCGAUUUAAUACUAAAAAGAAAACGCUCUAUGAAUUCAAGAAGGAUAAUAGGAUGGCUAGAGGAGAAGAUGAGGAAGUUGUCAACAGGGAAAACACCUUGAGCGUCAUAAAAUGGAAGGACAACAAAGGGGUACUCAUGGUCUCAACUGCUUUUGGAGCAGAACCGCGAACCCAGGUGUCAAGAUGGGAUAAAAAGAGGAAACGGUACAUCGAAGUCUCAUGUCCAGCCAUAGUUAAAAAUUACAACACUUUCAUGGGUGGUGUUGAUGUUUGCGACCAGAUGAUGGAGGCUUAUCGAACAUGGCGUAAAACCAAAAAGUGGCCUGUGAAAGUGAUCAUCCACAUGUUUGACCUGGCUAUAGUAAAUUCUUGGUUCGAGGAUCAUGCUGACUGCAAAGCCCAGAAUCGAAAAUCUAAGGACAUCAUGGAUUUGUUGGCGUUCAGGUUAUCUAUUAGUGACCACCUUCUAAAUGGUCCUCCAAGAAAGAGACCAAGGGAAGAUUUGGAAUUCGCUGAUAUGCCUACCUCUUCUAAAUACAGAGUGAAGUCUCUUCCCACAGUUGACCGACAGUACGACGGUUUUAAUCAUUGGCCAGUCUUCGACACUCUGAAGCAGCCUCGUUGCUGUCGUGCUCCUGGCUGCACUAGUCGUAGUCGUUGUCGUUGCUCAAAGUGUGAUAUUUACUUGUGCCUUAAUAAAGACCGCAAUUGUUUUUUUGAUUUUCACAACAAAGACUGA